AUGAAGAUGAAGGUCCUAGUGCUCCUGCUCCUGCGUGUGCUCCUCGCUGGCGCUCGCGUGGCAAACGGACACGGGCUCCGGCUCCGGCUCCGGCCGGCCGGCCGGUUCAGGGUGCUGGAGCGGUUCACCCACGAGCUGCUGGAGGACGCCGUGGGCAACUACCGCGUCGCCGAGCUCGAGGCCGCGCCACGCGCGUUCCUACAGCCCAGCCACUACGACGCCGACGAGGUGAUGUUCGUCAAGGAAGGCGAGGGCGUCGUCGUGCUCCUCCGUGGCGGGAGGAGGGAGUCGCUCUGCGUCAGGGAGGGCGACGUCAUGGUCAUCCUCGCGGGCGCCGUCGUGUACUCCGCCAACACGCACCACUCGGAGUGGUUCCGCGUCGUCAUGCUCCUCAGCCCCGUCUCCACCUCUGGACGCUUCGAGGAGUUCUGCCCCAUCGGAGGCGAGAGCCCGGAGUCGUUCCUCGGCGUCUUGAGCGACGACGUUAUCCAGGCGUCGUUCAACACUCGCCGGGAAGAGUGGGAGAAAGUGUUUGAGAAGCAGAGCAAGGGCGAGAUCACGACGGCGUCCGAGGAACACAUACGGGAGCUGAGCAGCCUCACGGGCAAGCGCCCGACCCACUCCAACAGCCACGGUAGGCACUACGAGAUCACCGGCGACGAGUGCCCACACCUCCGUGUGCUCGAUAUGAAAGUCGGCCUGGCAAACAUCUCCCGUGGUUCUAUGAUGACGCUGAGCUACAACACUCGUGCCCACAAGAUAGCCGUCGUCGUGGACGGCGGCGAAGGCUACUUCGAGAUGGCGUGCCCGCACGUCUCCGGCGGCCGGUCGUCGCAGCGCCGGGAGCGCGAGCACGGCAGGAGGGAGUGGGGCAGAGAGGAAGAGGAGGAGCAAGGUGGCCGCGGGCAGAAGUCAAGAAGCUACACGCAGGUGAAGUCCCGCAUCAGAGAGGGCUCCGUCAUCGUGAUCCCGGCGGGGCACCCAACCGCGCUGGUCGCCGGCGAGGACAAGAACCUCACCGUCCUCUGCUUCGAAGUGAACGCCAACUUCGACGAGAAGGUGUUCCUGGCGGGCAGGAACAGCGCGCUGCAGCAGAUGGAUGGGCCGGCGAAGCUGCUGGCGUUCGGGGCGGACGAGGAGGAGGAGGUGGACCGUGUCAUCGGAGCGCAGAAGGACGCCGUCUUCCUGCGCGGGCCGCAGAGCCGCAGGGUCUCGUCGGUGUAA